AUGACAGUCUCGACACGAUUCGACUUUAUUAGUGAUAUUACACCAAAAGCAGUGCUAGGCGCAACGUCGUUUGUACCUACUGUGCAACUGAGUAUAGUUCAUGGACGAGUACCAAAUGGAGCAAAAAUCGCUUCAUCUGUCAGUGUGGGCGAACCGCUGAUGUUCAUAUGGCGAACAGAAUUGGAGUCGCGUGAGUAUUCAAAGCUUAAAUCGGCGCGCGAGAACUGGCCCCACAGUGUUUUGGGGGCUGCUGCUUCCACGACUAUGGUAAUUUUACGAGUUGCUUGA